AUGAGAUUCUUUUCGCUACUGGCAGGCGCUGCCGCCUUCGCAACUUCCACUGUUGCUCAUUACACCAACAGCACAUCGACAGGUGACAUCGACCAUGUCACCAUCUUCACGCCGCCGAGAAACUAUACCGUUCCUCGCACACUCUACGCAAGAUCAGUGUUACUGAACCAGGAUUGCGAGAAGGAUAACGUGAUCCUUGCGACAUGGGAGAACUAUCUUUACAACAACAACUCGAACCCUUACUUCCCCAUCUAUCAAUCAUACGAUGGCGGUCACACAUGGUCGGAGCGCUCUCGCGUGUAUGACCAAGUCAAUGGCUGGGGACUGAGAUAUCAGCCUUUCCUUUACGAACUAUCCGAGCCCAUUGGCAACUUCUCAGCCGGCACUCUCUUGCUUGCCGGCAACUCCAUCCCUCAAGAUCUCUCAGAGACUCAACUCGAGCUCUACGCCAGCACGGACAAGGGAUACACCUGGAAAUUUGUCUCUCAUGUUGCCCACGGCGGUGAGGCUCUUCCCAACAACGGGCUUACCCCCGUCUGGGAGCCUUUCUUGAUGACCUACAACAACACUUUGAUCUACUACUACUCCGACCAGCGCGACCCCCGCUACGGUCAAAAGCUGGUACACCAAGUGUCUUCUGACCUCCACUCUUGGGGUCCAGUGGUUGACGAUGUCGUAUACGGCACCUACGACUUCCGUCCCGGUAUGCCCGUGGUCUCGGAAAUGCCUUUUGGCCAAUACAUCAUGACGUACGAGUUUUACGGCGCACCCGAGGUGGACUUUGCAGUAUACUACCGCAUCUCCACCGACCCUACAAACUUCAACGCUAGUAUUGGACGCCCUCUCGUCGCUACCGAUGGCACUGUUCCCUAUGGCAGCCCUUACAAUGUAUGGACGCCUGUUGGCGGUGACCUCGGAACCAUUGUGGUUAGCUGCGGUAACCUUGGCGAAGUAUUCUUGAACCAUAAUCUUGGUGCACCCGGUGCCUGGACAAAGAUCAAUACUCUGGAGCCUGCUUCCUAUACCAGGAGUCUUUUGGUGUUGCCUGGACAGGAAGAUAUCUUGAUUGUGGGAGGUGGUGUCUUGGGCGGCGAGUAUAAUGCUGUUACGGCAAGCUCUGUCAACGUUAAGCCCAAGGCUCCUGCUUUUGCCAAGUGCAAUGCCAAAAAUAGAUGCAGAUACUUGAUAUAA